AUGACCAGAAAACUUUUUAUGAUCCUUCUUUUGUUUGUAACUCUGGGAGAAGCAAGGAAGUCAUCUCUUGGUUUUCUAUGGAUAGAAAAGACUGAAAUACUAUUUUUUGAAAAGACUGAAGAAACCGUCAUUAUAAAGUCAAGUUACAAAGAUAAAGGGCCUAACUCCAGCUACCUCUUUGUCCAAUUAGAAGAUCCUAAGAUACUGCACGUGGUGAAUGUGACCAAGACCUCAUUGGAUAUUACAAACUUUACCAUAAACUUAAUGACAGAUCAAGAAGGAGAGACAAAUUUGACCAUUCAACUCUGGGAUUCUGAAGGUAGGCAAGAAAGACUCAUUGAAGAAAUAAAGGAUGUCAAAGUCAAAGUGCGCAAGCAUACAAAAGGUAGACUUUUGCAGGCAUCUAUGCAAGUUGAUAGAAAUAUCCUCCUGCUUAUUUUACCAAUGAUACUGCUAAAUAAGUGUGCUUUUGGUUGCAAGAUUGAAUUCCAUGUGCUUCAAACAGUAUGGAAGAGACCUUUGCCAGUAAUUCUUGGGGUAGUUACACAGUUUUUUCUUAUGCCAUUUUGUGGUUUUCUUUUGUCUCAGAUUUUGGCCUUGCCUGAAGCACAAGCUUUUGGGUUUGUGAUGACCUGCACAUGCCCAGGUGGGGGUGGGGGUUAUCUCUUUGCUUUACUUCUUGAAGGAGAUGUCACUUUGGCCAUUUUGAUGACUUGCACGUCAACAUUAUUCGCCCUGAUAAUGAUGCCUGUCAAUUCUUAUUUAUAUAGUAGAAUAUUAGGUUUAUCAGGCAUAUUUCAUGCUCCUACUUUUAAAAUUGUAUCAACGCUCCUUUUCAUACUUAUCCCAAUAUCAGUUGGAAUAGUCAUCAAGCAUAGGAUACCAGAAAAAGCCAAUCUCUUAGAGAGAAUAAUCCGACCCCUGAGUUUCAUCUUAAUGUUUGCAGGGAUUUAUUUGACAUUCAGAAUGGGAUCAGUGUUUCUAAGAAUUGCUAGCCUGGAAGUGCUUCUUUUGGGUCUCUUAGUUCCUGCUUUGGGCUUGUCAUUUGGGUAUGGCUUUGCUAAAGUUUGUCUGCUGCCUUUUCCUGUCUGUAAGACAGUUGCUAUUGAAAGUGGGAUGUUAAAUAGUUUCUUAGCCCUUGCCAUUAUUCAGCUCUCUUUUUCACAGUCCAAGGCAGACUUAGCUUCCGUGGCUCCUUUUACAGUUGCUAUGUGUUCUGGAUGUGAAAUGUUGCUGAUCCUUCUGGUUUACAAGGCUAAGAAAAGAGCUAUCCAUAUCACAGGAGAUAAAAGAGUUCCCCUAGUCUAA